AUGCGACUGUUAUCCACGACGGACCUUCAAUUGCGUUGCGUUUCUCACAAUGCCAUAUAUCCUUACACAAUCCUCUCCCAUACUUGGGGCGAUGAGGAAGUCACACAUCAAGAGAUGUCAUACCCUACUGAUGAGGUCCGCAGCCGAGCAGGAUUCAGGAAAAUCCUCAGAUGUGCAGAGAUCAGUCGCGAGAUGGGAUACGAUUAUACGUGGGUCGAUACAUGUUGCAUCGAUAAAAGCAGCAGUGCUGAGCUUUCCGAGGCAAUCAAUUCAAUGUUUGCCUGGUACCGCGAUUCUGGGAUCUGCCUGGCUCACUUGGAGGACUUUUAUGGAGACCACAUCAGUCAAGCAACCGCGGAAAAUCGAUGGUUCACCAGAGGGUGGACUCUGCAGGAGCUGAUAGCUCCGAAAAACGUCUGUUUCUACUCGGCUUCCUGGAGUGAAAUUGGUCGUAAGCCCAACAACAUCUUGGAUCUAUUGCGCAUCACCAAGAUUGACGCGGCAGUGCUUGAUAUGGGAGAGCUCGACAACAUUUCCGUUGCUGAAAAGAUGAGAUGGUUGGCACGUCGCAACACAACAAAGCCAGAAGACAUGGCGUACUGCAUGUUAGGAAUCUUCAACGUCAAUAUGCCCCUCAUAUAUGGAGAGGGUGAGAAGGCGUUCAAAAGGUUACAAGAGGAAAUCAUGAGAAGCUCCGACGACGUUUCUAUACUUCUAUGGAAAGCACAAGAAAACAAUUCAUUCACUUACAGAGGGGCUCUUGCACGCAAAGCAAUCGAAUUCGCGCAGUCAACAGCACCAAGCACGCCAUUGUAUCUUCUAGACGAGCCCUUUUCAUUGGCAAACAAGGGACUGCGGAUCACAGCAAAACUGUCCAAGUUGAACGACGUCCUGGCAUCACCCAACAGCUUAAUACCGGAUCCCAAGCAUAUCGUAAAUGACGUCUACAGAGACUCCUUAUUUUGCCUGUCCUUCUGUCAAAAGAAGUCGCAAACUAUCCUUCCAGUCUCUACGGCGAACACGAUUAUCCUGCGGAAACUGAAAAGCAAGCAAAAUCACUACGCUCGCGCAUACCCUGGCUCUUUAUUCACGUUGUUCCCGAACGGUGCCCUAAAACAAGCGCGAAAAGAUGUACAGGAAGAAACCUUCCUAAUAAUGGACAGGCUUCCGCUAUCCGACUACAAUACGGUCUUGGCCUGUAAACGGUUCGCAGUCACUGUGCGUAAGGGUCUCACGUUUCUGAACGGUAAUUAUCCUAUCCAAAAGUUGCGCGUCUUUGAACCAGACGAGAUUGCCUCUCCUUCACAUUCUGUCAAAGAUGCCCAUUUAUUGGAGGCUGUGUAUGGCGCGAGCUGCUUCCCAUCGCUCAGCACUGCAAACCAGCCUAAAUACCUCGUGUUGAGGUAUGACGAGCGCUCCAGCAUACUUCACAGCCAUUUCUUCGAUAGCCAAUCCCUCGAAGCUGUUCGGGCAAGAGAUGAUGUUUCGGCCGAUGGAUUUAUGACUCUUCUAGAAGAUGCGGAAACGAAAGUAGCAGGGUAUUAUGUUGGAGGUGCCAGCCUUCAAUUACCUGAUCAGGCAGAUGGUCGCUUCCGAUUGGGCGGAAGAGAUAUUCACUUCGUCAUCCACAGAAGACAAACCGAUGAAGGUGUAGUAUUACAAUUGGAAGUUUCCAUGUAUGAGGAUUCAAGUUGA